AUGGCGUCACACCGGGCUAGAAAGAAGCAGCGCAGCAGCGAUGUUGAUAGCAAACCGUUUUCACCGUUGCUGGACCAAGAGAACAGCGAUGUCUUGACUUCUUCAGGUGCCACCCAGAAUGCGGAACUUGUAGCUGCGGCCCAAGAGGCGCUGGACAAGAUCUUGACCUUGUUUCCGGGCCUUGACACCGACAGCGCCCUUGGCCUGGGAAAAGGUGGUCAGCAAGUGCCCAUUCGACAAUCAUCGAUAAAUGACCUCGGUGAAAGGUACUACAAGGAGCCGAAUCCCUACCAUGGGUCAAUGUUCCGAGACAUUGAUGACGAAGAGAAAGUGCUGGAGUGGAAACGACACUUGCUGUCAGUGAAUGUGCAGUACAUUGUGGCGAACUCCGAAGAUCAGAUCUACUUUCUGAGCGCCAAUGAACGACAGGAUUUGAAAUCGAACAAGGUCACAGAGGCGUUCGUUGACACCUCCAUAACGCUUCACAAAAGGGUUCUCAGCAACCCCUCAUUGCUCCAGUUACUUCUGGAGUCGGAUGAAGUGAAGGGGAAUCCUUUCGACAGCUGGGCUAAGUUGCAGAUAUUAGUGCAGAAGUCGAAGACUGCCAAAAACAUUGAGUGGUACGAUGGCUGGCAGAACAACUACCUUUCCCAAGACCUUCUCACCUGGCGCGGCUUGAAAGAUGGCUUGAAUGGUAAGGGUACCGUGGAUCUCUUUGUGGGCCAGAUGGACCUCCGACUGCAUCUUCAGCAGCACGUUCCAGUCCACGUUCCGGAACUUGAUUCGACACAGGAAGCCCGCUCCGUACUUCCGGUGACUGUGCUGGCAGCAAAGAAAAACGGUGGUGGUAAGGAGGCUGUUGAAAAAGCCCCAGUCUUUGAAGAGGAAACUGUGAAGAAGAUUGACAACACCACCAAAAUGCAACAAGCUUUCGCAGCCACGGCUUUUGGUGAAUGGAGAGGGCAGGUGGAUGCUGAAACGAGGCAGAUCACGAAACUGGUGGCCAUUUACCUGGACACAAAAACCGUGGGAGAGGCUGCUACUCAGCCAGCAGUUCGCAUGCCUCCGCUCCGUGAGGGGCGCCACAAUCGCCUCUUUUCGGCGGCAAUCGCCUUGCGUUGGAAUGAAGAGGACAAGUCGCUUCAUGAAGGCGAUGGCAUUGUGAUUCAAGAUGGAGGCUUGUGGUCGAGUCUGAUGUCUGCACUGAAAACUCCUACAAAUGCCAGUCUACCCAAGCCCAAGAUCACGAAAUACCUUCUUUGGAGUGAACAGUCGCUACGUGCUCGCAAGACCAGGGACAAGGGAGCCCAAUUGACACAGAUCGAACGGCUGCAGGUGAUCCUUCCAGAGGACGAGGCCGAGACUUGGCGAAUGACUCUGGCCAAGAAGAAGCUGCUCUUUGGGCCUGCGGGUUUCAUCAAAGUUGGCUCAAAAGGGGAACCACAACCACCGGAGAGCAAGACGAGUAUUCUAGCUUAA